AUGAGUCCUCUGCGAGUAUGGCUGAAGAGCUUCUUUCGGCCCCCCUGGCCUGUGAUUGUAUUUCCCCAUACCGGCUUUGAUGUUAUCGAAGAGCCCCUUGUCGAAGAGGAGGGAAUGGAUGGAUUUUCCAGUGGUGAUUACUAUCCUAUGGUGAUCGGUGAUGUCCUAGAUUCUCGGUAUCAAGUCGUUGGUAAGCUGGGUUUCGGUGUCUCGUCGACGGUUUGGCUCGCCCGGGACAUGAGGGAUCAUCGUCACGUUGCUUUGAAGGUCCACACUCGCGAUGAAGAUAACAAACACGAGUUCGAAAUUUACCAACAACUUUCCAAACCCUCGCAACAUCACGGGCGCAAACAUGUGAGGGAUGUCCUGGAUACGUUCACACUACCCCGACCUGGCGGAGACCACCAAUGCCUUGUCCAAAAGCCUCUUUGGGAGAGUUUGCAGGAUCUUCACAACGUCAUGCCAAACGCUCGCUUGGAGGUCAAUAUCCUAAAAUCAGCAAUCAAGCAAAUGCUACUGGCGUUGGAUUAUCUACAUACUGAGUGUAAACUCGUUCACACAGAUAUCAAGCCAGAUAAUAUUAUGCAGGAGCUUAACGAUACCUCUGUUCUCAAAAAGUUCGUUCAGGGCGAAGUAAAAAAUCCAUCACCUCGGAAGAUCGUCAGUGAUAGGACCAUCUAUCUUUCCCGUCUUUUAGACCCCCCAAAAAAGUUUGGCCGAGCCUUAUUCUGUGAUUUCGGAGAGGCUGUUCAGAAAAGAAAUCACAAUGCCCAGCCUGAAUUCUACAGAUCGCUAGAGGUCAUGCUGAAGGCGAAUUGGAGUUAUCCUGCUGAUAUUUGGAACUUGGGUACUAUGAUCUGGCAGCUUCUUGAGGGUCAACCUCUCUUCACCGGCCAGCAUCCUACUCUGAACACAUAUCUUACCCGCGCGCACAUUGCGGAGAUAAUCGGACUGUUAGGGCCGCCACCUAACGACCUUAUUCAGAAAGGAGCUAGAAGCCCCGAGUUUUUCGAUCAAGACGGAAAAUGGAAGAUAGAUGAUGUCGAAAUUCAGCCAAGAACGUUGGAGGAGUCAGAGUGCUGUCUUGAAGGCGAAGACAAGGACAAAUUCUUGGUGUUUAUUAGGGGUAUGCUUACAUGGCGACAAGAAGAUCGGAAGACUGCAGCGGCUUUGCUUCAUGAUCCUUGGCUGAACAGUUAA